ACGCGAACGUUGGUGCUCUUGAACACCUCUCUAUACGUUGUAAACAAAGACGGCGCAGGCGGACGGACGUAGCAUUGGGCAUAGGAGGAAACCUCAGCUCAGCGGCUUGGAGCCAUCGAAGUGAUUCAUAGGGUCGGUUUUAACUCCUGACUGGGUUGGAAGAUGAAGAUCGCUUUGCUGGGAGCCACUGGGCAAACCGGACAGUUUCUGGUCAAACAGGCGCUGGAGCAAGGCCACACGGUCACCGCCGUCGUCAGGAACCCGGCGAAGCUCACAGUGCACCACGACAACCUCAAGGUUGUGUCGGCUGAUAUUUUCUCAGCAGACAGCCUGAAGCCUCAUUUCAAAGACCAGGACGUCGUCAUGUCCUGCCUCGGCUUUCCGGCUUCCUUCUUCUCCGGCGUGACGGGCUACACCACGUCGAUGGCGGCCGUGAUCGGCGCCAUGAGAGAAGCCCGGGUCAACAGGGUCAUCACCAUGACCUCUUGGUACACAGACCCUGACUCUGCAACCCAGUCUCCGUUCCUGAUCCGGUUCCUUCUCCUGCCGAUGAUCCGCACCGUCCUCAGCAACAUGUAUGAGAUGGAGCGCUUCCUGCAGAAAAACGAGGACAUCAACUGGACCGUAGUUCGGCCGCCCGGCCUCAAGAACCUGGCAGCCUCAGCUCAGGAGUUUCUGACGCAUGAGGGAUACUUUGUGCCUGACAGCAGCGGUCAGGUGGGAAGAGGAGACGUGGCUCGCUUCAUGCUGUCCCUGCUGAACAGCAACGCCUGGGUCAAGAAGGGCGUCGCCUUCACCACCAAAUGAAACCACCGGCCACUUCUAACCACGCAGACGUUUUCUGAUUACUUUGGUGUCCAUGCUGCACUGCAAAAACAAAACCUUCCCAAGUAUUUUGGUCUAGUUUCUAGUGCAAAUAUAUUAGCUCACUUGAAAUAAAAACUAACUCAUAAUUUAGGUUGUUUAGAGUCAAUAACUCCUUAAUAUUGAUGAAAAAGUUCUAGUUUUUGUCAUAAGUUAAGGAGUUAUUGACGAAACAAGUUCAUGUAGCUUGCUGAGAAGUUACUUGUAAUUUAUUUCAAGUGUACUAAGAUAUUUUCACUAGAAACUAAGAUAAAAUUACUUGGUGAAAUGUUGUGUUUUGCAGUGUGUCUAAGAUACUUUACAUUAACCAAAGCUUAAAUGGGAGUAGCAGCAUGCCAGAUAGAGGCGUCCUCACUGUGCCUGCUCUUAUUACUAAAAAUAAACAUUGUAUAUUGUAAGUGGUCCAGUUAAAAUGCGUCAUAAAGGUCCAGGUUAAAUUUAUCCGUCUAAAUGGCCAACAGCAGAAUUACCGGCUGAAUUUGAACUCACUGGGAUUUAAAAUAUUUCUGAUAAGGAUACGGUAUUAAAGGGCAAAAAUGAUUGAAUGUUGAAUAAGUGUGGAUAAAUUUUCCAGACACCUGAAUAUUUAAUAAGACUGUAAAGAUGUUUCCCUAAUAAAACAGCUUUACUGUGAAGUUUGAGUUAAAGUUGUGUUUGGAAAAGUUUAGAAAAUCUGCAGACUUUUUGGAUGAACUAUGUGCAAAAAUAUUCUUACAGUGGAUAAAACAUUACAAUUAUUUUCUUGAUAUAAUUGCCUUAAUUUACUCUAACAUGUUUUUGCACUCUUAAAAUCUUUUCUGUACAUAUAUUUUGUGAAAUUACCAUUUCUGUUAUGAGAACAUGAAGCAGCUCCAUUACUGGGGUGUAGUUCAUACAUUCACCCAUAUGACUGUGGUAUUGUACCAUAACUAAUUAUUAAAAGUUAACUUUAUUCAAUGUUUCUGUUCCUUUCUAUUACCACUACAUUAAAAAUAUAAGCCUAGUUUUAUAACA